GCUAUCAUGGCUAUUUACAAUUUUUUAAUUGCAGCGCGAAAUAAAUUUGUAGUAUUGCUGUUAAACAAUGUCCGCAAAAUGUUUAGUUUUCAGUUCAACAUGUCUGGCAAGACAAACUACUUCCUUCAUUGGGCGGCUUUUACAGUUAACAUUCUGACGUUAGCGACAGGAAUAACCAUGUCAUGGGCUUCUCCAUCUCUACUAAAACUGGAAAGCUUGGAUCCAGAUGUGAAUCCUCUUGGACGGCCUAUAACAACAACUGAAAAGUCAUUAAUAGCUUCUUUACCAACUUUUACGAGCGUCCCAGGAACAAUUAUAGCUGGUUUUGUGUCUCAGAAACUGGGUAGAAAGAAAACACUGAUCAUAUUUAGCUUACCGUUUUUAUUCUGUUAUAUAGGUAUAGCACUAGCUAAGUCAGUGACUGUGUUUUAUGUAACUAGAUUUUUCCUUGGAAUAAGUUGUGGAUGUACCUUAGCUGUAUUACCAAGUUACGUUGCAGAAAUUUCUGAAGAUUCGAAUAGAGGAUUGCUAGGGUGCAUUAUGGGUAUUAUGGGAGCAAUAGGAUAUUUUAUUGUUUACGCUAUUGGACCUGUCGUUUCUAUUCAAAUGUUCGCCUAUCUUCAAUUAAUUCCGAUAAUACUGUUCUACGUAAUGUUUAUACCUUUUAUACCUGAGAGUCCUUAUUACUUCGUGGCUAAAAAGUUAGAUAAAGAGGCUGAAGCGUGCUUGAAGAAAAUAAGAACUACCAGUAAGGUGCAUGAAGAAUUAGCAUAUCUCGAAGAAGUUAUAAAUGAAAAUAAGGAAAAGAAAUCAGAUUGGAGAGAGAUCUAUUCCACUAAAGCAGCUAGAAAAGGUUUGACUAUUACCUGUGGACUUCUGAUGUUUCAACAAUUAUUAGGUUUUAUGGCAGUGCUGAAUUAUAUGCAAUCUAUUUUCGAAGCUGCUAAGACUAGCAUUAAUUCGAAUACAGCCUCGUUAAUAUUAGGAGGUGUUCAGAUCAUUUCCAACAUAUUUUCCACUCUUUUAGUAGAUAGAUUAGGAAGAAAAGUACUUUUACUAUCUUCCAAUGUUGGUUGUACUAUAUCAUUAGCAGCUUUAGGAGCAUUUUUCUUUUGUCAAGAAAACAAUUUUAAUACAGACGCCAUAUUCUGGCUACCUAUUCUUAGUCUUAUUGUAUUUUUCGUAUCAUUUAACUUUGGAUUUGGUACAUUACCUUUGACAGUGUGUGGAGAACUAUUUUCUAGUAACAUCAAAGCAAUGGCUGCCAGUUUGUCGACAUGUGUUUGCCUCUUACUGGCCUUUCUAGUUACUUUAGGUUUUCCAUAUUUAUCGGAUGCGGUUGGUAGGCCGUACACGUUUUGGAUAUUCGGGAUAACUUCAGUUCUUUCUAUUUUGUUUGUAGUAUUUAUAGUGCCUGAAACAAAAGGUAAAAGUUUUAAAGAAAUACAGUAUGUACUAGAAGGAAAGCGCUGAAGGUAAUGUGACAACAUGAUGACAUAAAAGUAGAGAUAUGAUCUUAUUAUUUAUUUAUUUCUAUUUAAACAUAUUUUCGAAAAUUAUGUGUGGAUUUUGUACUCUUAAAAGUAAUACUUUAACGCCAUUAUUUUAAUGAAAACUUUGUCUUAAUUUUGAAUAGUUUUUGACAGUAUUGUACUAAUUUAAUCGAUUCAAAUUCUUCUACAAAGUAGCUAUAUUAGAUUAUGUAGCUUUAUAAUUAUUAUAAUAAUAUAAAUUUCCAGUAUUAUUUAGUAAUUAUGCAUUUGAGCAAAAAUGUGAUAAAUUAUUACUGAAGAAAACAGUUAUUCGCGAUUACUUAUGAACAAAAAUGUUAUUUUUUGCCCGCAAUACAAUCAAAAUUUUUUCUACAACCACUUGAUAAAAUUAAAUGAAUUAUUUUUGUAACCCUUAAACCACUUAUAAUCUUAAGAUGUGUAUUCGAGACAUCACAGUUAGUAUGACAAACUUUAGUCAAUGAUAUCCUUUCGUUGUCUGCCAAAAACGUUUCUUGACCAAGUGAUUGUUGAAAAACUAAACUACUUGUGUAAGAUUUUAUGUUUUUUAACAUAUGUAACAUUGUGUUAUUGUUACUACAUAUUUUAUUUUAUAAAUUUUAUUAUAAAAUAUACACUGAG